GCCGGAUGAGCUGCUGGGGGCGCACCGCGUGAACGAUGUGCUGGAGCGCAUUGGGUUCAUGCACCUGGUGCGCAGGAAGAUGGCGGAGUACCACCGCGGCCGGCAGCUGCCCGCCCACCCCAGCAGCGAGCCCCCCGCCCUCUCCGACUUCACCCUCCCCGCGGCACACAAGGUUCGUUCCCUGUCGUACUCCCCCCACUGGCGCCCCGCGCAUGACGGGCAGCUGCUGCGGGGGCUGCUGCUGUACGGCUACGGGCAGUGGCAGCGCAUCAUCAAGGACCCCGCGCUGGGCCUCAAGGCGGCGCUGCGCCAGGAGCUGGGCAUCCCGGUGGAGUACGACAGCAGCAUUGUGCCGUCAGGGGGGGUGGCUGCGACGGCGGCGGCGGUGACGGAAGCGGAUGGGGCGGCGGCGGCAGUGGUGAAGAAGGAGGAGGGGGUGAAGCAGGAGGAGCAGGAGGAGGGGAAGUCGCAAGUAACGGACGCGGCGGCGGCGGCGUCGCCGAAGGCGAAUGCGGCGAGUGCGGCGACGGCUGGCGGCGGCGUCACUCGUGAGAAGGCGCGUUCGUACGCUUCGACGGAGACUCGCUGGCUGACGCGGCGACUGUCGUACAUCUCGGAGGCCCUCAACUGGGAGUACCUGAGCAAUCCCGGCAACCCGCACACCGCCGUCGCGGCGCUCAAGAUUGCACCGCGAGUCGCCAACAAGUCCGCAGGUGCUGACGGCGGCGCCACCGCCGCUUCGGGGCUACAGCGCGCCGCCGCGGCGGCGGCGGCGUCCGGCCGACCCGCCACCUCCCCCGACGCCUUCCUCACCAACCUCAUCCCCGCCAGGGACUUCCCCUCCGCUCCCGCGCCGGAACGGGCGUUGAAGCGGCAACUGAUCGAGCAGUACAACACCCUCG